AUGGAAUCAGUAGCUCAGUACUUGACUCGGAUCGUUCAAACCGAACAAGUUCAAGCUCUUGCUAUGUCGGCGACUGUAACCCUCGUUAGCCCUCAAUCAGAUGGACCUAACCGGGUUACUGUUCAGCAAAAAUCAUCUCUACCGGCCGAAUAUGAGAACUAUCUCAGAGACGGUGAGGGACUCCAACUGUAUGUCCCCUUGUGUGGCAGUUUUCGCGGGGAUAUUGUGAUACAGAAGCGCAGAUACGCCCGAGCUUAUGCGCUAUUAGCAUCUGAGCUGCAACCUGCGCGAGAAUUUCAGGAUUCGUGUGUCUUCUGGGUUGACAGCUCCUUUGCAAGCUCUCAUCCUCAGACUUCAGCCGAUUCAACCAAAAGAACCUCUGCUGGGGCUGCUGUGGUGUACAAGAGAUGGCCUAACAACAAAGAAUGGAAGUCUAAAGCUUUCGGCCUGGCAAGAGUCCACUCCUCUAACUUAGCUGAGCUUCUCGCAGUCAAAGCAGCGCUCGAGAUGGCUGCGAAGAUUGCCCAAAAGCACAAACGACCUUGGAGGAAAAUGACGAUCUUCACUGAUUCUCAAGCAGCAUUGAUGGAGAUUUCGAAGUUUCCCUAUGCAACCAGUACUGCGGAAAAUAUAGUAUCGUCAUUCAUUAAAGCAGCAUUGCUGCUAUAUAAACUGGGUGUUCGGCUUGAGGUGCGGUGGGUUCCAGGCCACAAGAAAGUCCCAGGGAAUGUGCGAGCUGAUUCACUGGCCAAAAGAGCUCGGAAAUCUGUCGCGAUGUUACCUCUCAAUUCGACGUUUGAGCAGGAGGCAUUGUUCCCGUUGCCAUAA